UUUACUUCGUAAUUUCUUCGUAUGCCAUUUAACCAGCUGAUAAUGUUAAGUCAAUAAUAAAAUUUACAAACAAUAGUAAUUGAAUCAUUUAUAUCAAGUGUUAAAUUGAACACAACACUCGCUAAACAAUGGCGGACUACGAAUUGAUGAACGAGCCCUCGCAAUCGCAAUCCUGGUGGCGCAUUGCAGCACUAAUGGCACUUUAUAUGCUUACCACCAUAUUUGUCUUCCUGUUAUGGAAUUCUGCCUAUGAUACCAUCUAUUAUCCACCAGACGUGCAAGCCGUGCCCGAUUUCUGGUUUCGACGUGCCAGCCUCUAUGCCAAUAGCGUUCAUGAAAGUACGCUUUCACACGAUUUUCGUUUGAUGAAAAAUCAGACAGCGCGUGUAAAAUUACACCCUUCCUACUCUGCAGAUAGUGGAUUAAAUGGCUUGGGUACUCUGCAGCAACAGCAGCAGGCACAGAAGGUUAAACCCAGCGCACCACAGUUGGUCAAGAAUGCGCCACCCACCAUGAGCACUGCGCCAGAAGUCCGUUUAGUGUGUUAUUAUUCAGUUCCCGAUCCAGACAAUGAACUCGAUGACUUGCGUUUAGCUAAUGUAAAUGCCGAACUUUGUACACACAUCAAUGUGGGCAUGGUUGGUGUACGUAAUGGCCAAUUGAUUAUCACUGACAAUAUGCGUCGUAUACUGUCGCAGGAUGUGACGGUGCUGCGCACAAUUAAUCCCGCCUUAAAGCUAUUGCUAUGGGUGGGUGGUGGCGCCAACAGCGAUGGCUUUCCAGCUAUGGUUAAGAAUCAUACGACACGCAAAGUAUUUGUACACUCCGUGAAGCAAACCUUGGCUAUGUAUAAGCUGGAUGGUAUUGAUUUGGAUUGGGAAUUCCCCAGCGCAUACUAUAAGGAGCGUCAGCAUUUUUCACAAUUGAUAUAUGAAAUACGCCAAGAAUACAGGCGCGAACGACGCGACUACUUGCUGACCGUGGCCGCAGCAGCGCCCGAAGGUAUCGCUGUAUUCGCCUAUGAUGUGCAAAUGCUAAACCAGUACGUAGACUAUGUGAGUUUGAUGACAUAUGAUUAUCAUUUUUACUCGCACGGUACACCAUUUACAGGUUUGAAUGCACCUUUGUAUGCGCGUCCGAAUGAGGGCUCAUUACUUGGCACAUUAAAUAUCAAUUAUUCAGUUAACUGGUGGCUGAACAACGGCUUGGACCGCAAGAAAUUAGUAGUGGGUCUGCCAACUUAUGGACAUUCUUUCACUUUGGUAAGCUCUCUUAAUCAUGGCAUUAACGCGCCCGCCGAAGGUAUAGGGCACUGUGGCAGUUUGGGGUUUACUUCCUACUCGGAGCUGUGCUGGUUCAACACACAUAACAUAUUAGUUCAUCAAGCAUACGACCAGUCUACCUGCUCACCUUACCUAAGCAGUGGCAGCGAAUGGAUUUCUUACGAAAACGAAACAAGCAUUGCAUGUAAAGCGCUCUAUGUAAAAAAUCACCAACUUGGUGGCGCUAUGAUAUUUUCAUUGAACACGGAUGAUAUAAAGGGCUAUUGUCCACGCGCCUAUAAAACCAAAUUUCCGCUUGUCGAAACCGUCAAAUCAAUUUUGUUUGGUAAAAGCUGAAGUGGCGGCGCUGGAAUGUAAUUAUUGUUAAUGAUAAGUAUCUUGUUACGCAACGUGAUAUGAAAUUCCAAAGCACAUACCGAUAUGCUUACGGCUGCGGGAUAUGCGCUAAAGCCUACUUGUUUAAUUAUAGGAAAUUAAUGACUUAUAAGUAGUUGUAAAAUAGCAAAUUUAAGAUGUUUUAAAUAGCAAAAUAUGCAAUGUGCCGGAUUUUAUUUUAACUCUCAAAUAAAAAUACAUGU